CUCUCGACUGCACAGGCAGUUAAACAAACUACAACAUCACCCUGCGCCUUUGUUGUGAGACAUUAGCAAGGCUAAAAUCCUCCGAGCUAGCUAACCUGGUCAGUUUUAUUAGAGGAAAACGUGAAAAUUGAUUGAAAUGAUUAGUUUCGCGUUUUGACGCAACUGAAUCCUCCCAACGUGGGAUCCGCAGCACAUUAAGUUUAGGAAGUCAGUCUCUCUCAAAGAGGAAGUUUGACGGAUCGAGGAGGUAAAGUGAUGCUAUCUAAGCUAACUAGCUAACCGCUAGCUAGCUAUCCACGACUCGUCCAAAACGGACUGUUAACCGUUUAGUGGAGUACACAUGUCGUCUGCGGCAGAGACAGUGGAAAAUGCCUCCAUCAUGUCAGAGAGUGUGGCUCAUGAUGGAAACCGCUUAUGGAUAGGCAACAUCGAUCCCAAAAUCACAGAAUAUCACCUGGUGAAGUUGUUGGAGAAGUUCGGCAAUGUGAAACAGUUUGACUUCCUGUUUCAUAAGUCUGGGCCUUUGGAGGGACAGCCACGGGGCUACUGCUUUGUCAACUUUAACACCAGAGAGGAGGCAGAGAGGGCAAUCCAGUGUUUGAAUGGGAAGCUAGCUUUGUCGAAGAAGCUGGUUGUGCGCUGGGCGCACGCACAGGUGAGGAGGUUUGAAGGUUUUCGUAAUGACAAGACGAUGCCUCCGAGCCUAGAACCGUCAUGCAGCGGCGCGGCAGACGAUGGACCGGUAACUGCCAACCACCUCAGUACGAGUGCUAAGAUCCGCGCCAUUGAGGCCAAGCUCCAGAUGAUGGAGGAGAAUCCAGAUGAUGACUACUCGGGCCCGUCAGCCUACGUUCACAACAAACCGCCAGAGAGGAAACGGUGGGAGCCCUACUCUAAAUCACACCACAAUAACCAGAGCAGGCCCUUCCGCAAGUUUAGGAGAUGACCCAUCCUCCCACUCAUUCUAGAGGACACCCCCCUCCCCCCCACUCCAGCCCCCACCUACACACAAACAGACUCUACACUAGAUACUAUAAAGACUAUACACAUCCUAUCUGGGAAUAAAGGGUUUGACAAUACUUUGAGAACCCGGACUCUUUGGGAGUAUUCACAGCAAUCAUGGACAAUUACCUAAAGUGGUUUUAGUUAUUUUGGGUUUACAGUAUCAGUUAUUAUUUAGUCUUAACAUAUGCCCCAUACCUGACUGCUGUGCAGGUUGGAUCCCUUAUAUGUCUGCUUUCUCACUUUUUAGAGAUUUAAUGCAGGUGAAUCAUACAGCUGUGAGUGACAUGAUGUGCCGCUGCCAGGAAAGAGAAAUAUUAAAGAGUUUAAAUGCCGAUCCUCUUACUUUUCACGUUUUUACUUUAAGAUCAUAUUAUUUAAAGGUGAAAUACAAUUAUUGUCUUUAUUCAAGAGGAAGUCAGUGAAGAGGAAGAAAUACACAGAUUUGUAUUCAUGGAGUUCAAAUGAUGAGCCACUCAGCGACACUUACUGUAAGUUGCAGUAUUUUUGUGUGACAUUUGCUUCUUUUUUUUCUUGGAUCCAAUUUUUAUACGACCUGCAGUCAAUCUAUUUUUACUGCCCUUUUUGUGUUGUGUAGAGUUUUGGUAUUUCCCUUACCGCCUCUCUUUGUUUCAAUUUUUCAAUUAAAAGCUAUAAAAUAUCACAUCUGGAGUGUGUUUAAUUCCAUUUUGGAGAUUUUCUACAUUGCUCUUGAAAUACAGGAUUCAGUUUUAUGUUUUGUCAGUAAGCUGACAAAACAUGUUGAUGAUAUAAUCCAAUUUAAUUCACCAGGGGUUAAAAAUGCAGUCCUGAAUUAUCACAGUUUUUUUUUUAAAGCCGAUUACAACAAUUUUCAGUACUGCCAAAUGCCCCAAUGUUGUAAUAACUAAUAAUCCUGUUUAUUAUAGCUUCCACUAUGUUUUGAGUCGCCGUUUUCUUUUUUUCUCCCGAGGCAUGGUGGAUAUUAAAUUGUUUUAUUCGUUUUUGUGCAGUCUACCAAAAUUUGCUGUAAAUCGUUAUAUUUUGUUGGCCUUUUGCAUAUGGGUUUAAUGUGACCUUUUGUAUAUGGGUUUAAUGUGGAAACAUUCUAUUUUAAAAUGCAAUUUGUGUUGAUUUCUGUGUGUUCUUGGAGCACAGGUGUGACAUGAAGUGUGAGGCUAUAAAAAAAAGUAUGCAACAAAAUAUGUUGGCGAAAUUUUAGUCUGAAUUUGCGUGAAGAAAGAAUUCGCCAACCAAAUGUCUUUUGCAGAACACGUAUUUUUAAGAGUCGAUUUAAGAAUAUGUAAGUCACAUAUUAGGCUAGGUAACAUUGCAGCGUGGAUGGAGCUCGGCAGACUAAUUGUACAACAUGAAACGAAAGAGCAUCAUUUCGUGCGCAGCGAACAAAUCAAAUCCUACCUCUUGACACGAGUCAGCCCUUUUUUAAAUUCCUUGUUGUAAAAUAACCCGAUUGCAGAAUGUUUCUGAUGGCCAUUAGAUCUAAUGAAUGGUUUCUUUGCAAUGUGUGUAUUUACCUGUUUUCAAUAAAAAAAAGGGCCUAUUCAUUAAAA